UGGAAGCAUAACAGAAACUGCCAACGCCUUACUUUGCUUCCAAAAGCGCUAUUUUUCUUUUAGAAAAUGGCGCAGUUGUUGUGGCUAUUUGUUUUUGCAUAUUUUAUACCAAAUAGUGUCUUACAAGAUGUGAAUCCUAGAGACCCUCCUUUGAUGAGAGCCUCACCUUAUGUUGAUAUGAAAGCUUUUCGUUCUCAACUGUUAUAUCCUCACGAAAGGAGAUAUCUUGUGGAUACUAUCAACAGAGGACAAGCUAUUAGAGACACGCCGUUGACUUUCCGACUUCCGUUCUUCGGGUUUGACUUCAGGUACAUUUGGAUUCAUCGUGAUGGAUAUAUCCUGUUCAACAAAGGUCUUUUGGAGUACGAAUAUCCUGUGAAAUUUCCAAGCCCAUAUAUCAACGAUCCGUCGAGAGAGGAAGACCCUUCUUUGAUUGCGCCCUGGUUCAGCUACCAGGACAUUCCUAGUUCCAUAGAAGGGGCCGGUGUCUAUUCCCAGAUGGUCAAUCUUGCUAGCGAAAAGAAUGUGUCUUUAAAAGAAAGAAUUCGGUUGGAUUUUAAAGACGCCAUGAUCGGAUCUGCAGAUUUUGAGCCAACAUAUGCGAUGAUAGUGACUUGGAAGAACGUGACUCAUGCUAACAGGAUGCCAGGAAGCAGUCUCAAGACGAACACUUACCAACUUGUAAUAGCUACCGAUGAAAAAAGAACUUAUGUGAUGUUUAAUUACGAUGCUAUUGGUUGGAUUUCCGACAAAGACAACUACGAUGGACAGAAAGGCAUUCCACCCUUUAUAGGGUUCAAUGCUGGAAAUCGGACUAGAGCUUACGAGUUCGAACCAUAUUCUCAGCAACCGAGGGUAAGUCGCUUACCUUCUUUAGGUUUUGGUAACGGACUUAAUGGGCGUUUCUAUUUCCAAGUUGAUGAAGAAAUUUGGCCAGGAUGUUGUAUUGAAAGGUACUUAGAUAUUAACUGGCCAACAAGACCAAAACUUACAUUCUUCCCUAGGUAUGGACCCAUGCUAGGUGGCACGGUGGUAAAUGUAACAGGGCCUUGCUUUUUUGACCCAAGGAGUAUUAUUCGAUGCAAAUUUGAUACUCUUGAAACGGACGGAAUUUACAGAAGCCCUAAUCAUGUGUCUUGCAUUUCUCCUCCAGUGAUGUACCAUGGAUAUGUUGAUUUAUCGGUUUCCAUCGAUCAAGGACCGUUUUUGUUUUAUGGUAAAUACUAUGUGCAACCUCCAGAUGUAGUCGAAGCAGAUGUGAACGUUCUUGAUGGUAGUGACAAAUUAGAAGCGCCUCUACGUUUUACAAUUCAGUGGAAACACGAAAAAUUGACUGCCGAUACGAGAGCUCCAUUAACUAUAUCGCUAUGGGGCUACAGAGAAACAAAUGAAAAUUACCCGAAAUUGACAUACAUCGACGUAUUGUCUGAAGGAGCAGUUGCUAGUGGGGACCGCACACAUACCUUUGAUUUAGAAGAGUUUAAGAACAGGUGGAACUGGGAUAAGCUGGAUAUUACAUUUGGCUUUAUUGCUAUAAACUUAACUGACCCGGAAGUUCUGAGAGAUGGUUCAGUGCAGUCUCCAGUGUUGUGGUCAGGUCCUUUACCAUUAAGCUGGUAUUUCAGGCAUCAGUGGCGAAGAAAGUACGGACAAAACUGGAAGAGAGACAUGUGCGAAGAUUGGUUUUUAAGAGAAAAAUACACUGAUCGGUUUGCUAUAACACUUUUUAGAUGUCCUUGUACUUUACAACAGGCAAAAUUAGAUAGGGGUAGAUUUGCACCAGAUCUUCAAUGCAAUGAAAUCGACAGGAAAUGUGAAACUUUUCACAAAGCUGCUUAUCACUGUGUACGAUCAGGUAGACCAGCCGUUGGUGGUGCCGGGCAACUCUGCUGUUAUGACGACCAUGGAGAACUAAUAAGAACUGGAGAUACCAUGUACGGUGGAAGGCCAGCUAGGGCUUUUCAGUUCGGUAAGCAUCCAUUUAAACAAAGAAUGAUGAUCCCAGCCCUUUCCUACUGGUUACACGACGUCAUACCAUUCUUCUUCUGCUGCAAAUGGGCAAGCAAUGAGGAUGAUGCGGAGACAUGUGAUAUGUUUAAAUACUGGAGAACUUCGCAAGAUUGCUCGCUUUACCAACCACCUGGUGUAGCUUCUGUGUUUGGAGAUCCUCAUUUCCUUACAUUUGAUAGAACAAAUUACACAUUCAACGGCAAAGGCGAGUUUGUUUUAACAAGGGUCAAUCAUAGAAUGCAUAAGCUUGAUGUGCAAGGAAGAUUUGAGCAACCGGAUCCAAAAUAUCACUACUUGCCAAAAAUCAAUGGAACACGGCUUAUGGCUGUGACAGCCAGGGACAAUAUAUCUUCAAUUGUAGAAUUUAGAGUCAGACCAACCCCAGCCAGGUGGCAGUAUCACAUGUACAUCAUUGUAGACAACGAGUAUGUUUAUUUUUGGGAUAACAGUCUCCGAGUGCAGUACUUCAAAGGUGUGACCCUUUACCAGCCAGCGAAUGUCUAUAACAUGUCCCACAUAGUCGCUAUGUUUGAUUCAGGAGCAGGGGUAGAGGUCAUGGUGGAAAAUGGACACAUGGCUACGCAUGUCUACCUGCCGCUGACGUUUAUCAAUAAAACUAGAGGGCUGCUUGGUAAUUGGACAAGAAAUCCGGACGAUGACUUUACCACACCGGAUGGAGAAGUUCCGUUUGGUCCUAACGCCAGGACGUUUGAUAUUCAUCAUAGAUUCGGUAUGGAAUAUCGUCUUUCCGAAAUCGGUAACGAAAAAGUCGGAAGAUCUUUGUUCUUCCACAAUGCCAUUCCUUUCUCCCAGUACGACAACAGGACUUUUGUGCCAGAAUAUGAAACGCCCCCACCGAUUCCAAAGAACUUUAGCUACAGACCGGAGGAAAUCGAUGGCAUAUGUACUUCUUCAUCAGCCUGCCGAUUUGAUUUCAUCGUGACCGGAGAUCGCGACUUUGCUGCGGCUACCCGAAAUCAUGAAAAUUACGCCCAAAAGUUGUCCAUGGAUGUUCGUAAAAAGACGAUCCGGUGUCCUGAAUUGGUGAAGCCUCGGCAUGGAAGAAAAAGUGAAAUUCGGUACUUCGUUGGCACUACUGUGCGUUUCAGCUGCGAUGAUGGGUACCGCCUUGUCGGGUACGAAAACAGAAGGUGCAGAGAAACAGGAUUGUGGAGUUGGGGUGUAGAUCCCCAGUGCAUCAGCGAAAAAGAUUACGCCAAGAAAGUGGUUGGAAUAUCUCUUGGUAUAGUGUUGCCGAUCAUUAUUCUCGGUAUUCUGUUGUGUGUGUUCUUGGUCCAGAGAAUGAGGCACAGAAAACAGCACUGGACUGGAGAGAAAGGACUUCAGGCAAAUUCCAUUCUUGAGAUGAAGUCCAACAUGAAUAAAAAUGGAGGAAAUGGAUCCAGCAAAGUUUCUGACUUUUAAACAUUUUUUGACUUUUCAUAUUCUAUUUCUUAGACAGAAGAGCAGUUUUGUCAUAUCUUCAUAUAUUUUAUGAACGAACAAUUUUUAUGCACACAAAACCUCUCAGGUAUGACAUUUUAUUCUGAAAAAAAAAUCUUACUACUUUCUAUUAAUUCCAAUUUGUUAAUAAUUUAAAAAAAAAAAAAAAACUACACAUUUUUGUAUUUAUGUUUUGCGCAAAGAAAUGUAUUAUAGAUUAACAAAAUUACUAUUUUUAUGAUAAACAUAGUUUCAGAUUUAAAAGAAUUACAAAAAUGCUUGUAAUUUAAAUUCAUAUAACAUAAUAACCCAUAAAUACAUCUAAAACAUCAAAUUAAUAAUAGUAUUAGGUUUGUUUAAUCCGUUUAAAAAAUAGAGUGCUGCAAAAAAAAAAAAAAAAAAAAGCCAUAAUGUGCAUUUCAGUGUGAAUCGUAUUGUGAGUUCCUACGAAAAUGUUUCAAAUGCAUUUUUCAUAAACAUUUCUCAUCUUUUAAUUUUAAAAAUAAGUUUUAUUCCUAAGAACUUCACGAAAUAUAUUUCCAUAUAUGGAAUUGAGUUGACGCUUGGAAGGUUUUUCAAAAAAAAAAGAAAAA